CCCCGUGACCGUGACUCCCCCGCCCGUCUCCCCGCCGGCCCCGAGGCCCUUCCGGAGAGGACCCCGCGGCCGGAGCGUCCCCGCGCGCGGGACCGGCCGAAGCCGCGGCGCCGGCCGCGCCCCCGGGACUCGGCGCAGGGCCCGGCGGAGCCGCGGCGCUCGCGGUCGGCGCCGGCGCAGGGCAGCGCGCCGCCACCGCCGCCGCCCGCCCACACGGUGACGCACGAGGGGUUCCUGCUGCGCAAGCACGAGCUCGACGGCGCCGGCAAGAAGGCGUCCAACAGGUCCUGGGUGAACCUCUACUGCGUGCUGGCCAAGGGCGACCUGGGCUUCUACAAGGACGCCAAGGGCCCGGCGUCGGGGGCCACGCACGGCGGGGAGCCCCUGCUGAGCCUGCACCGCGCCGCCAGCGAGGUGGCCAACGACUACAAGAAGAAGAAGAACGUCUUCAAGCUCAAGACCGGCGACGGCAGCGAGUUCCUGCUGCAGGCCAAGGACGAGGAGGACAUGCAGGGCUGGCUGCGGGCGCUGGCCGCCAGCGCUCAGGAGCACGCCGAGCUGGCCCGGUGGCAGCAGGGCCUCCUCACCACCUCCUCCACCGACGAGGGGCUCCCCCGGCGCGACCCCGACCGGCCCCGGCGGAAGUGACGCCCCCCGAACCCCAACUUUGGGGUCCCAGCCCCACAAAAAUCCCAAAUUUUGGGGUCCUGGUUCCCCCAAAAAACCUGAAUUCUGGGGUCCCGCCCCCGCUGCCCACGAGCCCUGGGUUUGGGGUCCCAAGCUGUGAUUUUGGGGUCCAGGCCUCCCCAAACUCUAAACUGGGGGUCCCGUCCCCCCUGAACCUCGGGUUUGGGGUCCUGGUCCCACCCAAAUCUGAGUUUGGGGUUCUGGCCACCCCAAAAGCUGAGUUUGGAGUCCUGGCCUGCCCAAACCCUCAAUUUUGGGGUCCUGGCUCCCCCCAAAACCCAAAUUUUGGGGUCCCGGCCCCCCUUUCCCCCAGCACAAGCCAUAGAAAGCCGGGGGGGCCCCAGCGCCGCCGUUGUACAAAUGUAAUAAAGC